AUGCUGUUCCUUAGGUGUGUGUUGGUCGCCUUUGCAACUCGGGCUCUUGCAUUCUCCUCCCCCAACCAUGGACUCUCGGAAUCAGAAGCAGCAGGAGGUGGCGAAUAUUUCUCAAAAUUCAGCACUCUAGUACCACGGGCGCCGGUUACGAAUCUUACUUCCACUCUCAGUAAGAUUAUCGCAGACAGUGCAACCGUACCAGUUCCCGACGCUUGGCGUAUACUUGCCCGCAGUCAUAUUCUGGAUACAUUGGCCUCGAUCGUCGCUUGCAGAGACCUGGAACCAUCGACGCUAGCUAGAGAGUUAGCGCUUUCACUGAGCGGCGGAAGAGGUCGGUCCGCAGCAACGAUUCUCGGAACCCAUGAACAGGCAUCAAUCGUGGACGCCGCCUUUGCCAGUGCCAUGGCAGGCCACGGGGCAGAGAUCAACGACUUUGUGCCCUCAGCGUUCGUACAGCCAGGUCCAUCAGUGGUCUCCGUGGCUCUGGCUCUAGCAGAAACGCGAGGACUGAGCGGAGACGCUGUCCUUCGCGCCGUCAUCGUGGGCUAUGAGUUCACAAGCAGAAUUCCUAAAGCCCUCGGCAUCAACAACUUGCAGAACGCCAAUAUUGCGAAUCAUGGGAUCGGUCCAACCUUCGGGGCCGCCGCUGCCGCUGCGUCGCUCCUUCGCUUGUCUGAAGAGCAGAUCUCGUACAUGUUGGGCUACUGCGCACAGCAGGCGUCUGGCACAUGGCAGUGGCUCUUGGACGUCGAGCACAUUGAGAAAUCUUUCGUCUUCGCUGGAAUGGGCGCAAAAGCCGGCUUGAGCGCUGCUCUGAUGGCCGAGGCGGGGUUCCGCGGCGUCGAAAACAGCUUCGACAGUGAAAAGGGAUUCAUCACCUCCAAGAAGUUCACAGGUGGUGACGAAAACCUGGAGAGUUUGUUGGAUUUCGGCAACAAAACCGAGCUGUCCGAAACCGGUUACAAGCGCUAUCCUGUCGGCGGCCCUACCCAACCAGCGGUUCAUGGCCUUCUUUCCCUGCUCCCUAAUAUCACUGUCACUGAAGUGUCGAAGGUGGUGGUUGAAAUGCCUGGUGCUGCGGACAGCUUCCGGAGCGCAAACAUGCCGGCGUUGAACCUGAAGUAUCUUGUCGCCAUCAUAUUAAUCGAUCAGCGUCUUGACUUCGUUUCCGCUCAAUCUCGUGAGCGCAUGCUAGGUGACCAGGAAGUACAAGCUCUAAUGUUGAAGGUGGAGGUAGUGGAGGAUCCCAGCCAGGAGCCGCCGCCCGGCGAAGCUCGGACAGAGAGUGCACGAGUAAAAGUUGAGGAGACUGGUGGGCGUCGCCACGAGGUGUACGUGCCAUACGUCAAAGGAUACCCGUCGCAUCCAAUGUCCAAAGAGGAAGUUGAUCUCAAAGCCCUGGAACUGAUGGAGCCGCAUCUCGGGGACAAGCGAGCACGAGCGGUAAUUGCUACGACUAACGCAAUUGAUCGCCUGCCACGCAUUGGAGAGCUUGUGAAACUUAUCUCAAGAUAG